UCCAGGUGCGUUUCCGAAGAUCGACACGUCACUCCGUUGCCGGACUGCAUUCGACAGACAUCUUAGGUAACCAUGCGGUCGCUGAUCAUACCGAUAGUCAUCGUGCUGUACAACGUGUGGACACCUUCGCGGAGUUUGGGCACAACAGAGUCAGACGAUACCUACAAGGAGCGACCAAUCAACAUCUUUUUCGCUGCCGAUCACUUCUUUCGCGAAAUGACAGGUGACGAGCUCCAGAAAUACGCCGAAAGCUUGCUGGCCGGGGUUACGAUUUCAACCAAUCCAGAGUGGAUGGACCUGCCAUGCUCCCUGCGUUUGAGAGUUUCCGCAGUGCACAUGCUGAGUGAUAAGGAGGAAGCCAUAUUAUUGCCGAAACUUACCCUCUACGACUCGGACGGGACGCAGCGCGAAUAUGUCGACGACACCGCUUACUCUGCGGGACAUCCUCCAAGGAUGGAGGACAUUCUGGAAGACAGUUACUAUUUUUCGGCGGCUGACAUCGUCGUGAUAUUGACUGGGCAUCCUACAGUAUCUGGGAAUCCAUACUGCUAUUUGACAGAAGGUGAGAGUGCUUCUUCAAUGAUGCCACCCUUGAAGAAGUUCAAGCGACAAUGUCAUGGUUGCACCGUGCAGGUUGCGCCACGCACUGGUUACUGAGGGAGUGCAACUCACAGUGAAUCUGAGGAAGGACAGUGAUGCUUUUUGUGUGCAUCGAAUAUUCUUUCGUAUUACUUUCUGAUAGGAAUUUAGUGAUGCAAUAUCCAUUGUGUGUGUUUACAGUAGUGACCUGUGAUGAAGUAGGCCAAUAGCAAGCUACGAUGCUUGAUGCAACCCUGGUUUUACACUCUGGUAAGUGCAGUGACGGAUCUGGGAGAGGGGCGGUUGGGCCAUCGCAGCCCCCGAAGAAAAACACACAUUAGUUUAUGCAUUGCGUUUCCAUUUCUCCCCUGCCCAGUACGAGCUACGACAAAGAAUCCACCCUUUCCCCUAGCCAAUGGUAUGGAUCCGCCACUGCCCUAGCUAUUGAAUUGAUCACUGUUAUUAUACAUGGAAACUAG